AAUGAAAUGUCAUAGGGGAAAACAGUAACGAAUACUAUACUGAGUGAUCAUCAAAUUGAAUUAAAUAGAAUUCAUGUUGAAUAAAAAUCAUGAGGAGUAAAUAAAUCUAAUUCUGACUUUUCAUCACGACAAUUGACGAUGCCGCCUCAGUGGUCUUGAGGUUCGCGCGCGAGAGUUACGCUCAUUCCAGUACUCCCAGUUUAUAUAUAUAUAUUAAUGUGUCUAUGCAUUAGACUGGGUGUAUCCAUUAAGAAAAAAUGAUAUACAAUAAUGUAUGUAUGUGUAUUAUCCGUUUAGUGUAUAAGUACACUUUGUAUUAUCAACAAAUUAAACUGAUAAAAAUCGAUUAAUAUUCAACCAAUCUCAUUCAUUAUAAUAAUAAUAAUCAUAAAUGUUCAUUUGUUCAUUAACUCCAUCUAAUUAAACAAUGGAAAUUUAUUUAUUUCAUUAUUAUUAAAAAUACCUAUUUAUCCGUUUCAAUAAAAAAACUUUCUUUCUAAUUUGAUAUGUGAAAUAAGUAACAUACAGCACAUUCUUCAGUGAUUAUAGCAAACAGCCAACAACAUCAACAACGUCAACAACAUCAACAUGUUAGCACAUUCUGAACUUGCUGAUAUUUUAAUAGAACAAUCUAAAUUAUUUCAUCAAUUAUAUGAUGAUAAUUUAAUGAAAAUGACAGCAAAAUUAGAUGAUUUUCAAAGAAUUCGUACAUUAGGACGUGGUGGUUUUGGUCAUGUUCUAUUAGUACGUCAUAUUUAUACUGAUAAAUAUUUUGCAUUAAAAAUAUUAUCUAAAAUACAAAUAAUUAAAACUCAUCAAAUUCAUAAUGCAAUUAAUGAGAAACGUAUAUUAGCUGCAUGUAAUUUUACAUUUAUUAUACCAUUAUAUUAUAGUUUUAAAGAUAAUAGUAAUUUAUAUCUGGUUAUGGAAUAUGCAAUAGGUGGUGAUUUAUUUACAUUAUUACGUCAUAUGAAACAAUUCUCUAAUGAAAUGGUUAAAUUCUAUGGUGCUCAAGUGAUAUUAGCAUUUGAAUAUUUACAUUAUUUAACAAUAGUUUAUCGUGAUUUAAAACCAGAAAAUCUUUUAAUUCAUUCUAAUGGUUUUAUUAAAUUAACUGAUUUAGGUUUUGCUAAAUUAUUACCUAAACAUAAACGUACAUGGACAUUAUGUGGUACACCAGAUUAUAUGGCACCAGAGAUUAUAUUAAAUAAAGGUUAUCAUCAUUCAGUUGAUUGGUGGGCAUUUGGUAUAUUAUUAUAUGAAAUGACUACUGGUUAUCCACCAUUUAUGCAUUAUGAUCAAAUGAAAACAUUUGAAUUAAUUAUUAUUGGUGAUAUUAAAUUUACAAAUCAUUUUAAUCCAUUAUUAAAAGAUUUAAUCAGAAAUUUAAUACAAAUUGAUUUAAGUCGACGUUAUGGUAAUUUAAAAAAUGGUAUCCAUGAUAUUAAAAAUCAUGAUUAUUUUAAAGAUUUAAAUUGGUUACAAUUAUAUCAAUUGAAUAUUGAACCUCCUUAUAAACCAUUAUAUAAUAAUAAUAAUAAUUUACAAGAUAUAAAUCAUUUUGAUUGUUCUAAUGAAUUCAAUUUCAAUAUUGCUGAAAAAGAACAAUUUGAAAAUAGUUUUGAUGAUUUUUGAAAUCGUUUUCCUUUUGUUUUCAUGGUUUCAUUCGAUUCCGAUUUGUUAUGGUUUAAUUUAUUGAUAUGAAUUGUAUUCAUUGCUUAAUUCAAUGUUAAUUACGUAAUAAAAAGAGAAAGAGAAAAAGAAAGAAAGAAAGAAAGGAAGAAAGCAUAGUGUACAAUAUCACAGGUAAAUAUGAUGUUAUAACAUAUUGAAGAGUAAACUUACAACAUUGAAAAUUGAACAUAGUUAACUAGAAAAUGAAUUAUUCCUUUUUCUCUUAUCAAAAUUAACAUCCUAUGUAAUUCAUAAAUCAUAUACAUACAUCAUUUACUUAGUUUAUUACUUAAUUAGCUUACUGAUUUUCACAAUACUUUUCUUAUUUGGCAUUUUUAUUUUAAGUGAAUACAGAAUGAUCUUUUUUCUCAUAAGCAUUCUCAGAGAUUAAUUGAGUUUUUAAUGUUUAUAUUACAGUUUGAUGUAACGGUUGAGCACUCAUUUCGAUGCCUGAAGAUGCUGAGUUUCAUCCCACGUGGGAUUAUGGAUAAGUGCUGUUAAGGUAUCUCAUAACUAUUCAAUGUUUUAUGAUUUCUAUUGGUUGCUUAACUAAGACCAAUCAACGAAGUUAACUAUGACAAUUUUACUAUUCAAUAAAUUUCUGGGAUUAUUAAUGAUAUAUAUAUAUAUAUAUCACAGGUGGCUAUGAAUUUCGAAGUAAAUCCUGAAAUUAUUGUGAGUCGAACGUCGACUGAAUUUUCAAAAGAAAUACUUUAC